AUGAGUUCUCAAGAUAAUAUCAAUCCAAAUUGGCAAAAAAUUGAAAAUGACGUAAAAACAAAGCUUAUAAAAUUUCUUCAAAGUGAUGAAGAAUCGAUUUCUUUAGAUAUAAAUAGGCCACAAUCUUCUCAAUUGAAUCAGAGAGAUAUUUUGACCAAACUUAAUAUUAUCACUAGUUCCGCAAAUAGAUUGAAAGAAAUCGCUGACUGGGAAAAUGACGAAGCACAAACCCAGUAUCAGCAAUAUGGUCAGGUGAUUGCGGGGUUGAAUAAUCAAGCAACUCAACUUCAAGCCCAAAUUCAGGGAGAUGCACAAAUUAUUAUACAAUUACAGGCUCGGUCAGGAACCACCAGAUGA